GGAGAGCAUUCAUCCACUCUUUUACUGAGGGAGCAGCAAGAUGCAGUGCAGUGAUGCACCACAGUGGCGAACGACUCCGAUUGGCAAUUGUUGGUGGCAAGUAUCUCAAAUUGCCAGGAGACUGUGAGGGCACCUCAGCCAAACUAGAGGUUCUUGUGCCUUGCACAUCGAACCGUGUGGCCUAGAGAAGACAUUGCAGCAUCAAGUUUGAUAUUGGCCGAGGCUGACCGACCCAAAAGGCACGGAGGUAGUGAUGUAAUCAUGUCACCAGUGCGAGGUCUGCGCAAGCUGCCAUCAUCUCCCAAGUCCCAACAAUUGGGACUUCUCCUGCCUCAGGCCAUUGCCACAACGGCGAAUGCACGGACCGACGACCUACUAUGCUCAUCCAACCAGCCCUUGGACAGAAGAAUGAUAUUGUGUCAGCCAGUUAAGUCAACAAGGGUGCCAAAGUGAAACUGCCUGUGCAUGCAUCGUCAAGGUUUCGUUCCCAAGAACGUUGUUAUUAAGUUUGAGGCAGCAUUCUAUAUUUUAGCAAUCAUGGCAGACUCUGCAAGCAAAUUCAUUUCCAAGAAUCCAUCACAAUUCUGUUAAGAAAACACAAAUCAUCCUCGGAUUCUCGUUCAUAGCGUACCCACGAGUGAAUGGGCAAGCAGAAUCCGCCAACGAGUGUAACUUGUAACGGCUUAACCGAUGCCUGGACGAUACUAAAUUCUGCAGACAUAUCCAAGUUAUUAUUGCAUUGAAAACAAGAGCCUUUUCGUAUAACACUGCCCGUAAGUGGACACAUUAGUUUGUCCUUUCAAUUGCCAGUGGCGCUCCCUAUUCCAAGUCUUGCAAUUCUCUGUAUCUAGGUGAUAAAAGACAUGCAGAUACGCUUCACUUGUAAACUCAGUAACUCAGUUGUAGCCGCUUGAUUUCUCCAAGCCAAUGGACCAUGGUGGUAAAAGCAUGCAUAUAUAUAGCUUUCUGUAUGCAACAGAACGAGCAAUAUUCUUUUGAAGGGCUAUACCUACUAUGGCUUCAUCAAAGUACUCGAAGAAAACCCCGAAAACGAGUCGUGCUAACUCUAGUGUUAGAGCAAUAGACAGAGUGAGUCAUCUUCCAAACAACAUUUUGCAUCACAUUCUGUCCUUCCUCGACACCGAGUCCACCGUCCAAACCAGCAUUCUGUCCAGAAGGUGGAGAUGCUUAUGGAAGGAUGUCCCUGUCCUCAACUUCAGCAGGAACUCCAGUUUCCUAGAUAAGUCGGAUUUCCAGAAACACGUGGACAAGUUCCUGUCUCUUCGAUUCGAGUCAACCGCGGUCAGCAGCAUUAGCUUCGACUUUGGGGGAGAGGCACUUCGUGGACAGUCAGCUGGUAAAGAAAUAUUCGAAAGCGUAAUGCAAUACAUAGCUGCUGCACAGGGUCGUAUUAGCCAUGUCUUUAUCAGCAAAACGUCUCACGCAGCUGAUAUCCGCGAUAUGGCUUCUGCAAUGGUGGAGCACAAUCUCCAUGGAUCUCUUGAAACUCUCAAGUUGCACAAAUCGAAUCUGAAAAACAGUUUGCUUGGUUAUGGUCCGGGCUUCAAAUUGCUGACGACAUUGGAACUGCAACAGUGUGCCUUCUUCUCUUCUGCUUCAGGGAAGUUGAUUGAUCCUUUCGCGAAUCUCCCUACUCUGUACCACCUCAAGGUAAUCAAUUGCACAACAUGGGGAUGCUUACUGAAAGUAUCGGGACCCAAGCUGCUGGACCUCGAAAUUCAUAUACUGGUGUCACAACAUCUAGUUUAUAGCACAUUCGAACUGGUCGAAGUUUCUGCUCCGAAGCUCAAAUCGUUCUAUUUUCGUGCUGGUAACAAGAAGAGCACAGAGAAGCUACCGGAGUUGAACCUUCCUUUGCUGGAUAACGCGUGCAUUCGUCUUUGGUGGACAAAGCAGAAACAUGAUCAUCCCUUGGACAAUGAGACGGCGGAGAGGCAUAAUCACGAGUGUAUGAACUUGUUUUGUGGCUUGCAUAAUGCAAAGUCUCUUGUCCUACGUUUUGACAUGGUGAGUAAUUAGUUACUAAUACUACCGUUAGUAAAAAAACUAAUACAAUAACUCUAAUCAAAUGGUUCUUAUCAGGAAAGCUGGUGGACCAUUCCAGAAGAACAGUGCCAAUUUCCUCUCACAAGACUGAAGUCCUUGAUGGAAUUGGAAUCGUCUCCUUUUACCAGACUACAGAACUUGAAGGUGCAAUCUCACUACUUUUUCGGGCGACAACCAAGUAUACCUUACCAGGUGGUUCAUUAUUUUUUCAAAGGCUCUCCUGAUACAAAAGAGAAAUUGUUUAAGUUUGAGAGAGUCUGGUGAGAAGAUGGUGUCGAUGAUAUGGUAGUCACUGAAGGUUAUGCAGAUGUGGCAACAUUCACACAUCGUGUUUGCUGUCGUUAAUUCAGUCAAAUCACAGAAAACUUGGUAUUACGGGGCAUGUUCAGGUUAGUUUCAGGACUAGAGCUAAUCGUGC